GCGUCGCGUCAGGGCUGGCCGGCGGUGGUGGCGGCGGAGGCGGCAAUGGCUGCGGACGCUGAGCGGGUUUGAGGGCUCGGAGCUGCUACCUUCCGCGCGACUUCGGGCCCGACUUAGCUCUGUGGCCCCAGCUCGCUCCCCUCCUGCUUCCUCCCCGGCCGCUGCCUGGGCGGAGGCGGAGGCGGAGGACCGGGCUGGCAGCCCUGCUCGUGUCCCGGCUCGGCCCCAGACGGCCCGGCUGCUGUGCGGAGAGGAGGCCGAGUCGGUAGUGAAAAGAAAAUCCUGAAGAAUAGGAUUUCAAGAUGAGUAAAAAGCCCCCAAAUCGUCCUGGAAUCACUUUUGAGAUUGGUGCUCGUUUGGAGGCACUGGACUACUUACAAAAAUGGUAUCCAUCACGAAUUGAAAAAAUCGACUAUGAGGAGGGCAAGAUGUUGGUCCAUUUUGAGCGUUGGAGUCACCGUUAUGAUGAAUGGAUUUACUGGGAUAGCAAUAGGUUGCGACCACUGGAGAGACCUGCAUUAAGAAAAGAAGGGUUAAAAGAUGAGGAAGAUUUCUUUGAUUUUAAAGCUGGAGAAGAAGUUCUGGCUCGCUGGACAGACUGUCGCUAUUACCCUGCCAAGAUUGAAGCAAUUAACAAAGAAGGAACAUUCACAGUUCAGUUUUAUGAUGGAGUAAUUCGUUGUUUAAAAAGAAUGCACAUUAAGGCCAUGCCCGAGGAUGCUAAGGGGCAGGUGAAAUCCCAGCAUCCACUAAGCUGGUGUUGUCCUAUCGACCCAGCUGGAUCGUGUAACCAGUCUAUGGGAAGUGAGGAUUGGAUAGCUCUAGUCAAAGCAGCUGCCGCAGCUGCAGCCAAGAAUAAAACAGGGAGCAAGCCUCGCACCAGCGCCAACAGCAAUAAAGAGAAAGAGAAAGAUGAGAGGAAAUGGUUUAAAGUACCUUCAAAGAAGGAAGAGACUUCAACUUCUAUAGCUUCUGCAGAAGUUGAGAAGAAGGAAGAUCUGCCCACAUCUAGUGAAACAUUUGGACUUCAUGUAGAGAACGUUCCAAAGAUGGUCUUUCCACAGCCAGAGAGCACAUUAUCAAACAAGAGGAAAAAUAAUCAAGGCAACUCAUUUCAGGCAAAGAGAGCUCGACUUAACAAGAUUACUGGUUUGUUGGCAUCCAAAGCUGUUGGGGUGGAUGGUGCUGACAGAAAGGAAGACUGCACUGAAACAGCUCCAAUGCUGGAGCAGGCGAUUUCACCUAAACCUCAAAGUCAGAAAAAAAAUGAAGCUGACAUUAGCAGUUCUGCCAACACUCAGAAACCUGCACUGUUAUCCUCAACUUUGUCUUCAGGGAAGGCUCGCAGCAAGAAAUGCAAACAUGAAUCUGGAGAUUCUUCUGGGUGUAUAAAACCCCCUAAAUCACCACUUUCCCCAGAAUUAAUACAAGUCGAGGAUUUGACGCUUGUAUCUCAGCUUUCUUCUUCAGUGAUAAAUAAAACUAGUUCUCCACAGCCCGUGAACCCCCCUAGACCUUUCAAGCAUAGUGAACGGAGAAGAAGAUCUCAGCGCUUAGCCACCUUGCCCAUGCCUGAUGAUUCCGUAGAAAAGGUUUCUCCUCCCUCUCCAGCCACUGAUGGGAAAGUAUUCUCCAUCAGUUCUCAAAAUCCGCAAGAGUCUUCAGUACCAGAGGUGCCUGAUGUUGCACAUUUGUCACUUGAGAAGCUGGGACCCUGUCUCCCUCUUGACUUAAGUCGUGGUUCAGAAGUUUCAGCACCACUAGCCCCAGAUCCCGCUUACCAUAAUGAAUGUCCCAGGGCAGAAAAGGAAGACACACAGAUGCUUACAAAUCCUGCUUCCAGAGCAAUAGCUGAUGGAAGAGGAGCUCCAACAGCAUCAGGAAUAUCGAAAACAGAAAAAAAAGUGAAAUUGGAAGAAAAAAGCUCAACAGCAUUUGGUAAGAGAAAAGAGAAGGAUAAGGAAAGAAAAGAGAAGAAAGACAAAGAUCACUACAAACCAAAACAGAAGAAGAAAAAGAAAAAGAAAAAGAAAUCCAAGCAGCAUGACUAUUCAGACUAUGAAGACAGUUCUCUAGAAUUUCUGGAAAGGUGCUCUUCUCCACUAACUCGAUCUUCUGGGAGUUCUCUGGCUCUGCGAAGCAUGUUUACGGAGAAAAAUACAACAUAUCAGUACCCGAGGGCAAUUUUGUCAGUUGAUCUUAGUGGUGAAAAUUUAUCCGAUGUGGAAUUCCUAGAUGAUUCUUCAACAGAGAGUUUGCUUCUCAGUGGGGACGAGUACAAUCAGGACUUCGAUUCAACCAAUUUUGAGGAAUCUCAGGAUGAAGACGAUGCUCUUAAUGAGAUUGUACGGUGUAUUUGUGAAAUGGAUGAGGAGAACGGCUUCAUGAUCCAGUGUGAAGAGUGCCUCUGCUGGCAGCACAGCGUGUGCAUGGGGCUGCUGGAGGAGAGCAUCCCCGAGCAGUACAUCUGCUACGUCUGCAGGGACCCUCCUGGUCAGAGGUGGAGUGCGAAAUAUCGGUAUGAUAAGGAUUGGUUGGAUAAUGGGAGGAUGUGUGGGUUAUCGUUUUUAAAAGAAAAUUACUCUCAUCUCAAUGCCAAAAAGAUAGUAUCCACACACCACCUGCUUGCUGACGUCUACGGUGUCACUGAAGUCCUGCACGGGCUGCAGCUGAAGAUCGGCAUACUGAAGAACAAACAUCAUCCUGACCUUCAUCUCUGGGCCUGUUCUGGGAAGCGAAAAGACCAAGAUCAAGGAAUUGCUGGGAUAGAGAAAAAAGUAGCAGUGCAAGACACAGUUAAUAUAGAGGAAAAGAAAUACCACAUACAGAACCAUAAAGAACCACCUCGUUUGCCCCUAAAAAUGGAAGGAACGUACAUAACAAGUGAGCACAGUUACCAAAAGCCACAACAUUUUGGUCAAGACUGCAAGUCUCUUGUAGACCCUGGGAGCUCAGAUGAUGAUGAUGUUAGUAGUUUUGAAGAAGAACAAGAAUUCCAUACAAAAGAUAAAAACCGUUCACACUACUCAGUGAAAGAAGAUGGAAUGCCUGAAAAGAAUCCAGCUGAGAGGAAUACGGUAUUUAUUUAUAAUGAUAAAAAGGGCACUGAAGACCCAGGAGACUCACAUCUUCAGUGGCAGCUCAAUCUCCUUACACACAUAGAGAAUAUGCAGAACGAAGUCACCAGCAGGAUGGACCUAAUAGAGAAAGAAGUUGAUGUUCUGGAAAGCUGGCUUGACUUCACAGGGGAGUUGGAGCCCCCUGACCCUCUCGCAAGGCUGCCCCAACUUAAGCGCCAUAUCAAACAGCUCCUAAUUGACAUGGGCAAAGUACAACAAAUAGCAACUCUUUGCUCUGUAUGACAACCGUGAAAACCUAAUGAAAAGAAUGUGGGUUUCUUCAGUUGAUCAUUUUUAUCAUCCACAGGACUGCUAAGUGGAUAGUUAAAAAACGUAAUGAUGUUUGGUCAUUGACUGAUUUGUGACAUCAAUAGGAUGGCACCUUGGAAAGGAAAAGGAAGAAGAACCUCUAUCAAGGAAGCUAAUAUUAGAAAAAGCUUAUGAGCAAGCUGUCUGAUAAUGUGUUAUAUGCCAGGGAUCAAUGAAGUUGAAUAUAAUUUGUACCGAGGAAAUUGAGUCGGCAGGAUUUUUCAAUAGUUGCUUUACAUGAAGCUCGAGAUACGUGUAGAAAGAAAGAUGGUGUGCUUAUCUAAUUUUUAGUAGAAAGAUCCAUGUAAUAAACCAGCGUUUGGCCAAAAGCAAAACUGUAGAGGCAAGGAGAUUCUGGAGAGUUCUAUAAGGUUGCUGUAUGAACUGUCUUCUCUGCAGGUGAUCCCGCUGCUCUGGAGUUUAGAGUAUUUAAACUUGUAUGGGAUCAUGAGCUGUUUCCUAGGUAAUGAAUGUCCGUAAUCAGAAAACUGACAGUGGAUGCCUCACUUCUGAGGAAAACAGUUGUGGAAUUCUGACUUCAUUUUGAUUAUAUAUUU